CCAGCGGGGGGCACGCCUGUCCACGGACGACAAACGAAGAAGAAAGCCGCCUGUUGGAAAUCGCUGAAGAAGAGCGCUGGUCUUCAGCUGACGCUGUUUGAUCGAUAAAAUAACCAAAGGAAAGACGAGCUUAUCGAUUGAAUCGACUUGAGAUGUACUACUAUCGCUAUGAGAAUCCUGAGGUCAGCUGCUGUUUUAAGUACCUGAUGUUCAGCUACAACAUCGUCUUCUGGCUGGCCGGAGCUGCCUUCAUCGCCAUCGGGUUCUGGGCCUGGAGUGAGAAGGGAAUCUUGUUGGACCUGACCCAGGUGACCCGGCUGCAUGGCUUCGACCCGGUCUGGCUGGUCCUGGUGGUCGGCGGGGUCACGUUUACCCUCGGCUUUGCUGGCUGCGUGGGAGCCCUGAGAGAGAACAUCUGUCUGCUGAAGUUUUUCUCCGGCGUCAUCGGCCUGAUCUUCUUCCUGGAGCUGACGGCGGCCGUGCUGGCGGUGGUGUUCCAGAGUCAGCUCCGGGAGUGGAUCAACGACUUCUUCCUGCAGAACAUCAGAGCGUACAGAGACGACAUCGACCUGCAGAACCUCAUCGACUCGCUGCAGAAAAUGAACCAGUGCUGCGGCGCUCAGGAACCGGACGACUGGAACCAGAACCUCUACUUCAACUGCAACGUGACCAAUCGUAGCAGAGAGAAGUGCGGCGUCCCGUUCUCGUGCUGCAUCCCCGACCCCACUGACUUGGUGAUAAAUACUCAGUGUGGCUACGAUGUGAGGAGUAAAAAGGACUGGACCGGUCUCAUCUUCACCAAAGGAUGUAUUGCUGCCCUGGAGGAGUGGUUACCAAGAAACCUGUACAUUGUGGCCUUUGUGUUCGUAGUCAUCUCCCUGCUGCAGAUGGUGGGGAUCUACUUAGCCAAGACUCUGAUCUCAGACAUCCAAAAAGUCAAAUUCAGAUACUAAGAUCUUCAUCCGCAGGAGCCAAAUCCAGAUGGUUCUGGUUUCUGCUCUCAGAUGUGCCUUCUUCUCCUCCCUGUGAAAUGGACGUUUCCAUUGUUGACUGAAGGGCAGCCAUGUCUGCUGCUCAGACGGAGUAAUGAUUUUGUUUUGCUCUCUGAAGGAGAUCCACCUUUUGUUGUUUUUCAAUUGUUCUUGUUUUGAUGGCGCUGUUCUCUGCACCAGGACAGCUUCACCUUUCUGCCUUAACUUCUUCUCCAUCAGUUCAGGUGCCUUUCUUAUUAAACAAGUGGAACCCAUCUGGCAGCCACCAUCGGGUCAGUUCAGAUGGUCUUCUCAGGUCUCAUCUGUGUCACAUGACAGAGAUUUAUGUCCAAUAACCAACCCCGGUAAAAGUGCCUCUGUGAACGGCUCAAUCGUCCAGCCACUGGAAAACACCUGAAACUGUGGGGGUUUCCCAUCGAAUAUAUGAAGGAGAUCUCAUUUUCAGUGUGAGCACCUUACUUACCUUUCUUACUUCCUUGCAGAAUGACACUCCAUGUUGGUCCCUGAUAGUGAUGUGUGCUCAGCAGGUCCAGGUCACAUGAUCUACAUGACUCAAGUGCAGUUGGAGUUAAUAAAGUUUUUUUUUCAACGCAACAACUUUUUGUAAUUUAAAAUGUUUAUAUCUGAACAGCUUUUAAUGUGAAGUGGAUGUUUUUGUAUAAAAUAAAUUUUAUCUUUUUGUAUUCAAUAUUAUUAAAGGUGAAUUUUCAUUGA